AUGGCGAACGAAGUGGUCACCUCCAAGUACACUGCGCUCAACUUCGUGUUCAAGAAUCUGUGGGAACAGUUUCAUCGUCCGGCCAACGUGUACUUCCUGGGGAUAUCGAUCCUGCAAUGCAUCAAGCCCAUAAGUAUUACCGGUGGGCAUCCCAAGCUCACCAGAACCAAUGUCACGAUGACCCAGGCAACGUCCACCAAAGAUGGAAUUGAAGACUUCACUCGGCACCAGGCGGACGCACAAGAGAACUCGCGAACUGUAACACGACUCGUCGUACCCGGCCAGCGAAGAAGCAGCGUUGCGGGAGGAAAAUCUAGUGGUGGUGGCGGCGGAUGUGGGAAAGAAAGAAAAAACUCGGGAGGCAGCAUUAGGGGCAGUAAACCGCGACCGCCUGCCGCCACGGAAGAAGUACCUUGGAUGAACGUUCAGGUGGGAGACGUGCUGGAGAUCCGAAAUCGAGAGAACAUCCCGGCGGACCUGGUGAUGCUGUCGUGCAGCGACCCAAAAGGAACUUGCUUCGUUAUGACCUCUAACCUCGACGGGGAGACUAACCUGAAGCCGCGGGUUGUGAGCCCGGAUCUUCGGGCGGUGAUUGCCGCUGCCGACGACGCAGCCGCUGUCGCGGAGUCGGCAGGGGGGUUAGCUCGGGGCAAACAAGGAAGUGUGCUGGCGUUGGCGGCGAAGGGUGCCUUGGUGGAGUGCGAUCUGCCCAACCAGAAGCUUGAGCACUUCGACGGCGCGUUGGUGCUGCAAGGGGGCGAACGAAUACCGCUCCACGGCAAGAAUAUACUUUUGAGGGGGUGUCAGCUGCGGAACACCGAGUGGUGUCGGGGAGUGGUGGUGUACACGGGGCGGGAGACGAAGAUCCAGAUGAACGCCGCCGAGCCCGCCCCGAAGUCGUCCUCCCUCAAACGUUAUGUCGAUCGGGAGACUCUCCACGUGCUGUGCGUGCAGAUAUUUUUGUGUCUUGUGGCCGCCGUGUUCGCCGGGAUUCGAGCCGCUGGGUCCGACGUGGAGAACAUGUACUUCAUUCUGGGGCAGGACGAGGAACCCCAGUCCCCGGCCCUCGUCGCUUUCCUCAAGUUCUGGUCCUUCAUCAUCAUCUUCACCAACUUCGUGCCGAUCUCCCUGCUCAUCACGCUCGAUAUGGUCAAGGUUUUUCAGUCCAAGUUCAUCGCGUGGGACAGACAGAUGUACCACGAGGCCCGGGAGUUCGACGGGACGAAGAGACCGAUGCCCGCGCAGGUGAGGUCGAGCGAGCUGAACGAGGACCUCGGCCGGGUGAAGCACAUUUUCAGCGAUAAGACGGGUACCUUGACGUGCAACAUCAUGAACUUCCGGAAGUGCAGCAUUCGCGGCCAAAUGUUUGGCCUAGGCACGACGGAGAUUGGCCUAAACUACCGCCUUAGGAACGGUCUUCCUGUGCCGACAGUAGCCCCGCUGCCGCCGGGGGCGAAGCGGACGCCGCAUGUGAACUUCAUCGAUCCCGAAUUCUCGAGGGUGGUGGAGAACAAGGCGCACCCUCUGCACGAAGCCGCUGUUGAGUUCUACCUCCACCUUGCCUUGAACCACGAGGUCCAGCCAGAGCAGCAGCAGGACGGCAGCGUGGUCUACUCCGCCUCGAACCCAGACGAGGGUGCCCUCAUCUACGCGGCCUCCCACUUCGGGUACCGCUUUCUCCGGCGGGACGGGAAGGACAUUACCGUCGCCGUCACGAUCCGGCACGAGCAGCCGCUGGCGUCACAGCCCACCUCGAAGCCGACGUCUUCGGGAAGCAGCAACAGCGCUCGCGGGGGGCGAUGUGGUAGCACCUCCUUGUCGACGCAGCAGCAGAACGCCGGGGGUGGUGCUAAGAUCUCCUCUAUGUCUCCCCCCCUGCCUCUUUCCCCGGGCGGGGGGGUAGAUGUCUGCGGGGGUUCCCCUGUUCUAGGGGGAGAGGAAGAGGAGGCGGAGGAACGUAUCUUCCAUGUCCUGCACACCUUUCCUUUCACGAGCGACCGAAAACGGAGUUCUGUGGUUGUACGAAAGGGGACGGGAGGGGUGGUGGUGUACUGCAAGGGGGCGGACAACGUAAUAUUGGAGCGGCUAGACUUGGCGAAGAACCCCGCGGAGCUCGUGAAGACGGUGAAGGAGAACAUUGCCGAAUUUACCCGAGACGGUCUUCGAACGCUGCUGACCGCGAAGACGGAACGGUCGGAGGAGCAGUACCUGGAAUGGCUCUCAGAUUUCCAGGCGGCUGAGACCAGCAUGAAGGGCCGAGAAGAGAAGGGGGUCACAGCCAUCGAGGACAAACUGCAGGACGGGGUGCCGGACGCGCUCAACUACCUUCGCAAAGCCGGCACGAAGGUAUGGAUGCUAACGGGAGACAAGGUUGACACCGCCAUCAACAUUGGACACAGCUGCAGUCUCCUCAACACGGACAUGACCACCCUCCGCCUCUGUGCGGACGAGGACGAAGAGGAGGGCGAAACCGACAACAACACCGGGCAGGGGGGACGGGCGGGCGGGAAAGGGAGUGGUAAGAAGGGUGUUAUCGAUGAUGACGUGGUGGUGACAGUGGAGCGGACAAGUCUAGAGCUUGAUGCCAGCGGCGUCCCCUCCGAGGGGUCACUUCGAGGGUUGAUGAGCGAGUUAACGACAAAGGCUACGAAGUUGAGGACGGGGGCGGCGGGAGCGUCCUCUGAGACCGCCAUCGUGGUCGACACCUACGCUCUCAGCGGAAUAACUCAAUAUGGGCUAGAGAGAGACUUCGUGUUCCUGUGCCAGCUGUGUGCGAGCGUCGUCUGCGCACGAGUCAGUCCCCGCCAGAAGAGCGUGGUGGUGAACAUGGUUCGUACGGCCAGCCCCAGCGCGGUGACUCUUAGCGUGGGAGACGGGGCCAACGACGUCCCUAUGCUACAGGUGACGGUUUACAUGUUCUACAAGAACGCUCUGCUGGUCCUGCCGCAGUUCUUCUUCGCCUUCUUGUCGCUAUCCUCCGGUCAGAACUUCUACUACGACCUGCUCUACCAGAGCUACAACGUGUUUUUCACCAGCCUUCCCAUCAUCGCCCUCGGGGUUCUCGACCAAGACAUAACGUCGGAGGUGGCAUUGGCGCACCCUAUUCUCUACCAGGACGGAAUUCAACGAGUGUUUCUCACGCCUCAAAUAUUCUGGAGGUGGAUGAGUGAAGGAGCCAUUCACGCAGGUAUCGUGACAGCUCUACCCAUGGGUGCGCUCGGCGCCGGAGGCGUCCUGCCGGAGGGGAGAGGGGUCGGACUCUGGGGCUACGGUUUGGUAGUAUUUUUCUGCGUCGUCCUCGUGGCAAACGGGCGUGUAGCGAUGGAGAACAAGCUCUGGACAUCGGUGAUUGUGUUGGUUUUCGCACUGUCUCUAGGAUCCUUCAUCAUCGCCUUUUUCUUCUUCUCGGAAAUGUGA